GGGGUGCAUUAGGGGAUGGGGUGCAUUAGAGGAUGGGGUACAUUAAGGGAUGGAUGUGUGUGGGAGACGUAGCCCGGGAGGGAGGGGGUGUACCGAGAGCCUGGGAAGGGGCAGCAGCUGGUCUUUGCUCCCAUGGUGCCUUGGUUUACACCUCUGUAUACAGGCAUUGGCGGUGGGUGUCCAGGGUGUCAAGGAGCCUGUGGUUAGGGGUGCCCACCUGGGCGAGAGUUUGGGGAGAGAGUGUCAUGAGGGGCCUGGCCUGGAUCUCCUCACUGUGCCACAAGCAGGUCGGGGCCUCAGUCCGUUGGUGCUGCGUGCUUCGGUGGCAUGCUGGACUUUCAGGGUUGGCACCCGGCAAAGGAGGGUCCCUGCCUGGAGCGGGACCCAGCCUGUGGAAGUUGCAGAGCGCUGAGGGCAGGUCUCUCCCACCCUUCUCUUCCCGUGGAUCCUUAACUCGCGUGCCCGCCUGCACGUGGUUCGAGCAGGUCAGCAUGCUGGUCAUCCUGCUCAAUUGCGUUACCUUGGGCAUGUUCCGGCCCUGCGAGGACGUCGAGUGCCGUUCGGAGCGCUGCAACAUUCUGGAGGCCUUCGACGACUUCAUCUUCGCCUUCUUCGCGGUGGAGAUGGUCAUCAAGAUGAUCGCCCUGGGGCUGUUCGGGCAGAAGUGUUACCUGGGCGACACCUGGAACAGGCUGGACUUCUUCAUCGUCAUGGCGGGCAUGUUGGAGUACUCCCUGGAUGGACACAACGUGAGCCUCUCGGCCAUCCGAACCGUGCGCGUGCUACGGCCCUUACGUGCCAUCAACCGCGUGCCCAGCAUGCGCAUCCUGGUCACGUUGCUGCUGGACACGCUGCCUAUGCUCGGGAAUGUCCUCCUGCUCUGUUUCUUCGUCUUUUUCAUCUUCGGCAUCAUCGGCGUGCAGCUCUGGGCCGGCCUGCUGCGCAACCGCUGCUUCCUGGACAGUGCCUUCGCCAGGAAUGACAACCUGAGCUUCCUGAGGCCGUACUACCAGCCGGAGGAGGGCGAGGAGAACCCCUUCAUCUGUUCCUCGCACCGCGACAACGGCAUGCAGAAGUGCUCACAUAUCCCUAGCCGCCGUGAGCUGCGCCGUGAGUGUACGCUGGGCUGGGAAGCCUUCACACAGCCACCUGCCGAGGAGGCAGGGGGCACCAGCCAUAACGGCUGCAUCAACUGGAACCAGUACUACAACGUGUGCCGCUCAGGGGGCACUAACCCCCACAACGGUGCCAUCAACUUUGACAACAUCGGCUAUGCCUGGAUCGCCAUCUUCCAGGUAAUCACGCUGGAGGGCUGGGUAGACAUCAUGUACUACGUCAUGGACGCCCACUCUUUCUACAACUUCAUCUACUUCAUCCUGCUCAUCAUCGUGGGCUCCUUUUUCAUGAUCAACCUAUGUCUGGUGGUGAUCGCCACACAGUUUUCGGAGACCAAGCAGCGGGAAAACCAGCUUAUGCGUGAGCAGCGAGCCCGCUACCUGUCCAAUGACAGCACCCUGGCCAGCUUCUCUGAACCAGGCAGCUGCUACGAAGAGUUGCUCAAGUACGUGGGCCAUGUGGUACGCAAGGUACAGCGGCGCGGCCUGCGCCUCUACGCCCACUGGCAGAGCCGCUGGCGCAAGCGGGUGGGCUCAGAUGCCACGCUCCCCGGCCAGGGACCCGGGCGGCGGCAGAGCCGGGCAGGCCGGCGCAUGGCCUCCAUCCACCACCUGGUCUACCACCACCACCAUCACCACCACCACUACCACUUCAGCCACGGCAGCCCGCGCCGGCCAGGCGACCGAAACUGUAAGCUGGUGCGUACCAGCGCCCCAGCCUCGACCCCCGCCCCUGGCCCUGCACCCCCCGAUGCCGUGCACAGUGUCUAUCAUGCCAACUGCCGUGUGGAGGGGCCACAGGAGCGUGUCCGGGCAGUCCACACCACCGCCACUGGCCUCAAGCUGGCCUCAGGUCUGGGCAUCAUGAACUACCCCACCAUCCUGCCCUCAGGAACGCAUGGCAAGGGCAGCGCCAGCCCUGGGUCUGAGGGGCCGCCAGGCACUGGGGUGCACAGCCCCACGGGCCUGAGCAGCCCCGACCCCUACGAGAAGAUCCAGCACUUGGUCGGGGAGCAUGGACUGGGCCGAACCCCCAGCCGCCUGUCGGGCCUGAGUGUGCCCUGCCUGCUGCCCAGCCCCCAGGCAGGCACGCUAGCCUGUGAGCUUAAGAGCUGCCCCUACUGUGCCAGUGCCCUGGACGACCCUGAGCUCGAGGUCAGUGGCUCCGAGAGCAGUGACUCAGACAGCAACGGCAUCUAUGAGUUCACGCAGGAUGUGCAGUGCGGUGACCGCCGUGACCCCCUGCAGCCACCUGCUGCUGAGACACCCAGCCAAGGUGGUAGACCUCGGCAGUGGGCACGUGAGCAGGCGGCGGGUGAGCCGGGUGGGCCAGGCCGCAUCUGGGCCGCCUUCAACGGCAAGCUGCAGCGCAUUGUGGACAGCAAGUACUUCAACCGUGGCAUCAUGGUGGCCAUCCUGGUCAACACACUGAGCAUGGGUGUCGAGUACCACGAGCAGCCUGACGAGCUGACCAGUGCCCUGGAGAUCAGCAACGUCGUCUUCACCAGCCUCUUUGCUUUGGAGAUGCUGCUGAAGCUGCUGGCCUGCGGGCUGCUGUGCUACAUCCGCAACCCAUACAACAUCUUCGAUGGUGUCAUUGUGGUCAUCAGCGUCUGGGAAAUCAUUGGGCAGGCAGACGGUGGCCUGUCAGUGCUGCGGACCUUCCGGCUGCUGCGGGUACUGAAGCUGGUGCGCUUCAUGCCCGCACUACGGCGCCAGCUGGUGGUGCUCAUGAAGACCAUGGACAAUGUGGCCACCUUCUGCAUGCUGCUCAUGCUCUUCAUCUUCAUCUUCAGCAUCCUGGGCAUGCAUCUUUUUGGCUGUAAGUUCAGUCUGAAAACAGACACAGGAGACACCGUCCCCGACAGAAAGAAUUUCGACUCCCUGCUGUGGGCCAUCGUCACCGUGUUCCAGAUCCUCACUCAAGAGGACUGGAACGUCGUCCUCUACAAUGGCAUGGCCUCCACCUCCUCCUGGGCUGCCCUCUACUUUGUGGCUCUGAUGACCUUUGGCAACUACGUGCUCUUCAACCUGCUGGUGGCCAUCCUGGUGGAGGGCUUCCAGGCAGAGGGUGAUGCCAGCAGGUCUGACACGGAUGAAGACAAGACAUCAGCACACUUGGAGGAGGACUUGGACAAGCUCAGGAACCUGCCGGCCACAGAGAUGAAGAUAUGCUCCCUGGCAAUGACCCCCAACGGGCACCUGGAGGGCCGGGGCAGCCUGCCCCCUCCCCUCAUCAUGCACACAGCGGCCACUCCCAUGCCCACCCCCAAGGGGUCCCCCCACCUGGACUCAGCCCCUGGGCUGCUGGAAUCUCGGCGUGGCAGCAGCGGCUCCAUGGAUCCCCAGCUGGGAGACCAGAAGUCUCUGUCCAGCCCCCGCAGCUCGCCCUGCGCCCCCUGGGGCCCCAACAGCACCUGGAGCAGCCGGCGCUCAAGUUGGAACAGCCUGGGCCGUGCGCCCAGCCUCAAGCGUCGGAGUCAGUGUGGAGAGCGCGAGUCGCUGCUGUCGGGCGAGGGUAGGGGCAGCACAGACGACGAGGCCGAGGAUGGCAGGCCCAGCACAGGGGCUGCCCCAGGGGUGCGCGCCACCCCACUGCGGCACACUGAGUCUCUGGACCACCACAGCACACUGGACCUGAGGCCCCCGCAGCCGAUCACCCUUCUGCCUGCCAAGUUCCAAGACUGGAAUGGGCAGACAGUGGCCCUGCCCAGCGAGUUCUUCCUGCGUAUCGACAGCCACAAGGAGGACCUGGCCGACCUGGAAGACGACAUGGAAGACAGUUGCUGCUUCCGCCUCUGCGCAGUGCUGGGCCGCUACAAGCCCCAGUGGUGCCGCCACCACGAGCCCUGGGCACUUUAUGUCUUCUCGCCACAGAACUGGUUCCGAGUUGUCUGCCAGAAAGUCAUCGCCCACAAGAUGUUUGACCAUGUGGUGCUGGUCUUCAUCUUCCUCAACUGCAUCACCAUCGCGCUUGAGCGGCCCGACAUCGAUCCAGGCAGCACUGAGCGUGUCUUCCUCAGCGUCUCCAACUACAUCUUCACAGCGAUCUUCGUGGCGGAGAUGAUGGUGAAGGUGGUGGCCCUGGGCCUGGUCUCAGGCGAGCAUGCCUACCUGCAAAGCAGCUGGAAUGUGCUGGACGGGCUGCUGGUCCUGGUGUCCCUGGUUGACAUCGUGGUGGCCGUGGCCUCAGCUGGCGGUGCCAAGAUCCUGGGUGUGCUUCGGGUGCUGCGGCUGCUGAGGACACUGCGACCCCUCAGGGUCAUCAGCCGUGCGCCAGGCCUCAAGCUGGUGGUGGAGACGCUCAUCUCCUCGCUCAGGCCUAUAGGAAACAUUGUUCUCAUCUGCUGUGCCUUCUUCAUCAUCUUUGGCAUCCUGGGCGUGCAGCUCUUCAAGGGCAAGUUCCACUACUGCGAGGGUGCCGAUACCAGGAACAUCUCCACCAAGGCCGAGUGCCAUGCUGCACACUACCGCUGGGUGCGGCGCAAGUACAACUUCGACAACCUGGGCCAGGCCCUGAUGGCCCUGUUUGUGCUCUCGUCCAAGGACGGCUGGGUGAACAUCAUGUAUGAUGGGCUGGACGCCGUGGGCAUUGACCAACAGCCCGUGCAGAACCACAAUCCCUGGAUGUUGCUGUACUUCAUCUCCUUCCUGCUCAUCGUCAGCUUCUUCGUGCUCAACAUGUUUGUGGGCGUCGUGGUGGAGAACUUCCACAAGUGCCGGCAGCACCAGGAGGCUGAGGAGGCACGGCGGCGCGAGGCGAAGCGGCUGCGGCACCUGGAGCGGAGGCGAAGGAAGGCCCAGCGCCGGCCCUACUACGCCGAGUAUUCACCCACCCGCCAAGCCAUCCAUUCGCUCUGCACCAGCCACUACCUCGACCUGUUCAUCACCUUCAUCAUCGGGGUCAACGUCAUCACCAUGUCCAUGGAGCACUACGACCAGCCCAAGUCACUGGACGAGGCCCUCAAGUACUGCAACUAUGUGUUCACCAUCGUCUUCAUAGUCGAGGCCAUGCUGAAGCUGGUGGCAUUUGGGUUUCGGCGGUUUUUCAAGGACAGGUGGAAUCAGCUGGACCUGGCCAUUGUGCUGCUGUCCAUCAUGGGCAUCACGCUGGAGGAGAUCGAGAUGAACGCGGCACUGCCCAUCAACCCCACCAUCAUUCGCAUCAUGCGCGUGCUCCGCAUCGCCCGGGUGUUGAAGCUGCUCAAGAUGGCCGUGGGCAUGCGGGCACUGCUGGACACAGUGGUUCAAGCCCUGCCCCAGGUAGGGAACCUUGGCCUACUUUUCAUGCUCCUGUUUUUUAUCUAUGCUGCCCUGGGAGUGGAGCUGUUUGGGAGGCUAGACUGCAGCGAGGACAACCCCUGCGAGGGUCUGAGCAGACACGCAACCUUCACCAACUUCGGCAUGGCCUUCCUCACGCUAUUCCGCGUGUCCACCGGUGACAACUGGAAUGGGAUCAUGAAGGACACGCUCCGUGAGUGUGUGCGUGAGGACAAGCACUGUCUCAGCUACCUGCCGGUCAUCUCACCCAUCUACUUCGUCACCUUCGUGCUCGUUGCCCAGUUCGUGCUGGUCAAUGUGGUGGUGGCCGUGCUCAUGAAGCAUCUGGAGGAAAGCAACAAGGAGGCACGUGAGGACGCUGAGCUGGACACCGAGCUGGAGCUGGAGAUGGCCCGAGUCCCACCUGCCGCUGCCACCACCACGCCAGAGGCCCCAAGCUUGCUGGUGGUGCGCAAGGUGUCUGUGUCCCGCAUGCUCUCGCUGCCCAAUGACAGCUACAUGUUCCGGCCUGUGGCGCCCGCGGCCCCGCAGAUGCUGCAGGAGAUGGAGAUGGAGACAUACACAGGCGUGGCGGCCUCGGGUGUGGAAGCCUCAAUUGUGGAAGCCUCAGGCGCUGUUCCCCCUGCCAGCUCGCCCGGGGCGUCCCGUGCCACUCUCCAGGUCCCACCUGAGACGAUGCGUAUACCAACCCCAUCCACUCCUUCCCCGGUGAGGUCCAGCAACACCCUGCAGGCCCCCUCCCCGCAGGCUGCACCCUGCUCCCCUGGCCUUAGCCAACUGCUCUGCAGACAGGAGCCCGUUCGCAUGGACUCCCUGGAAGGACAGAUGGACGGCUCCCAGGACAGCGCCUCGGGACCGGGCGAGCUUGGGGAGAAGGCUGCAGGCCGGCCGGUGCCACUGGGGGCUCCUCUGUGGACCCCGCCCCGCUCCCCGAGGCCUUUCAGCUCCCCAAGGCCCUCCAGUGUGCUCACCCUCAGGCACACGUUCGGACAGCGCUGCGUGGCCAGCCGGGCACCAGGCGCUGAUGAGGCUGCAGACCCGGCUGAUGAAGAGGUGCGGUACAUCACCAGCGUGGUGCAGCCCUGGCUGCCUGAGCCGGAGCCCCACAGCCCCCAGGCCUCCCCCACUGCCUCCCCAGCCGUCCUAGGGGGCCUGUACCACCUCUGCAGCGCUGAUGGCUGGAACUGCCGGGCAGGGCCUGGCUGGGCAGAUGGCCAGAGGCAGCUGGUCAUGGAGCCAGGCGGGGACAGCAGUCGAGAUGAGGCCCCCGAGGCUGAGCCAGCACUGGGCACGCGCCGCAAGAAGAAGAUGAGUCCCCCCUGCAUCUCUAUCGACCCCCCUGCAGAGGAUGAGGGUGCCAGCCGAGCCCCUGCAUCUGAGGGCGGCAGCACUACCCUGCGGCGGAGAACCCCAUCCUGUGAGGCCCCCCUGGGCCCAGCCGCCCCCCACAGGGACCCACUGGAGCCUAUGGAGGGCCCGGGGGCUGGGGUCGACCCCUCCGGUAAGGGAGAGCGGUGGGGCCAGGCCCCAGCCUGGGCAGAGCACCUGACUGUCCCGAACUUUGCCUUUGAGCCACUGGAUGCAGGGCCCCCCAGUGGGGACUCCGUUUUGGACAGUGGUCAGGAUGUAGCCCCAGAACCUCACGCUUCCUCCUUGGGGGCCAUGAUGCCUCUGGAACCCCACAAUAUAGAGCCUCCUGUGCCCUCCAUUGACCCCCCAGAGAAGGGGCAGGGGGUGCUCCUCACAGCUCCCGAGAGCUCCCCAAAGAAACUAGGGUCCCUCCCAGCCACCCCUGCCCCAGAUGACAGCAUAGAGGAUCCUGUGUAGCUCUAGGGUUGAUGCUGUGAAGGGCUUUGUUCUGGGAUCUGGGGUGUGCCCAGGGGGUCAGCAGCUUGGCGUCGGGCCAUGCUGGACCCCGGUUCGGGGCCCCUUCUGUGGCUGUGGAGCCUGGGAGGACCCAUCCCCAUGGGAGUGGGAGGCAGCGAAACAGGAAGCAGCCUCCCAGCCGGAAUGAGCCCAGAUGCCCAGGGCUCCGCACUAUGGCCAAGCCUGCCCACCCGACUCCGUGGGCCAUCCCGUAGCCAAGAGAGAUGGCGGACAAUGGCCAAAAAUGACCAAAAAGGGCAGACAGAACCCACCCCCCAGACUCAGUCCACAUAGAACACGUAUUUUUCUAGGGAACACGCGCUCGGGCCCCGUGGCCACCACGGCCCAGCUCACUCCAUCACCAUCCAAGCCCUCCAUGUCUGCCUGUCCUCACUCCCUCGUCACGCCCCACUGUCACUGGAAGCUUUGGGUCUCUCUCCAUCUCCCCGCCCGCAUCCCAUUCCAGUCAGGUGUUUUAAAAGACACCACCCCCUCCCGGGAUGCAGCUAGGUCACUACUGAGCUGUGAUGGUGCAAUGAGGGGCCUGCCUCCCCGGGGCCGCCAACUCACCUGGGCUUGCGCUGCGGAGUUUCAGAUGACGCCCCUCUAUUUGAUCAAUUCAGGUUACAUGUUGCAAUAAUCUGAUGCAGAAAACUUUCCACUUCUCAAGUCAGGGCGGGGGAGCAGGUGAAGCAGAAUAAAUGUUAACUUAUUUAAGAAA